GUUGUAGAAUAGGUACGUAUGCUAUAUAAAAAAAAAUAGGGCUGCGCAACGCAAUUAACAACAACAAAAAAAAAUAGAAAGCUUCACCGUCUUUUAAUUGCUCUUGGAUUGCUCUGCGUCGUGUUCGUGUAUUGCAUAUUUGCAUCCCUUCUGCGUAAUCAUGGCUGAUGAAAUUAUUGAUGUGCAGCAAGAACUUGCACCCUUUGACCCAACCAAGAAGAAAAAGAAGAAGAAAGUUGUUCUUAAGGAUCUUGCGGAGAGCGCAACAGAAGCACAGAUGGAGAAAGCUGAUCCAAUGCCAGUUAACGAUGAUGGUCUUGAAAGUACACUUACUGGAAUGGAGGUUAAGAAGAAGCCAGUAAGCGUUGAAUCUAGCUCACUGAAUGACGAAAGUGUUGAAGCUUUGGAUGAGCAUGGUAAUGAUGAGGAAGAGCGGGAUGGAGUAAUUCUGCAGCAGAAACGUUAUCCCUGGGAGGGAAGUGAUAGAGAUUACCAAUAUGAGGAGAUUCUUGAUAGGAUCUCUAACACUCUACGUGAAAACAAUCCGGAGCUUGCUGGAAACAGACGUCGUACGGUUAUGAGGCCUCCUCAAGUUCUUCGUGAGGGGACAAAGAAGACAGUUUUCGUCAACUUUAUGGACCUUUGCAAGACGAUGCAUCGACAACCAGAUCAUGUAAUGAGUUACUUGCUUUCAGAGUUGGGUACGUGUGGUUCACUUGAUGGGCAGCAAAGGUUGGUCGUAAAGGCGAGAUUUGCGCCAAAGAUCUUUGAAGGGAUUUUGCGGCGAUAUGUCAAUGAAUACGUCAUUUGCCUUGGUUGCAAGAGCCCAGACACACUUCUUUCAAAGGAGAAUCGUCUCUUCUUUCUGAGAUGUGAAAAGUGUGGAUCAGGACGAUCUGUGGCACAGAUCAAACGUGGGUACGUUGCGCUUGUUAAAAAGAGGAAGACUUAAUGUGAAGAGAAUUUAAUUACUAAAAAGAGUAACUAAAGAGCAUUUUAUGGAAUCGUGACAUGUGAUGAUGCUUUUCUUCUUCUUCUUUUACUGCGUCAGAUACUUCAAACUUGUCUUGUUUUUUAGUUUUUGGUCUGCUA